UUGGCCAAUAAGAAUGAAAAAAAACCAAGAACAUAGCUGCAGACUUCUGACAUCAAGUUUGGGAACAUGAUCAAAACGGCUGGUGCAACUUCUGAAAUGUGUCACGUACCUGUCACCCUGGACAAUAUUGCUCACACAUUUGUCGAUACACUGAUGCAACACAGUAGUUAUUUCAGAAAUAGUUUUUUUAUUCUUUGUAGUCAAUUUCUUCAGAGAGACUAUGGCGCUGAAGCACUGGAAUAAAGACGGGAGGUUUAUCUGACUGAGUAGAGGAGGUAUUUACUGUUUGUUAUUUACAGCUAGAAUCUUGUUUUAUGUAUCUUGUUUCUUGUAUCAUCAGGACUACCUCUUGCUCUACCGUUUCCUCUGAAAGUUUUAUCAGCACCACCUCUGCGAUAGCCUCAAGCACUUCUUUAUAAAUCUGCUCUCCUGUAACAGAGGCCUCAAACUGUGUGGAUUUAACAGCUUACAGUUUUUUAAGUUCGCGCCCACUGAGCCGUUUAUGUAAAUUUCAAAUCUCAAAAUCAACUAGUGGCUUAAAUACAAUGUCACCUUGCGUGUUGACCCCAAAUUCCAAACUUGUGAGGAAAGAAACAUGCCGCUAAAUGGCACCUUGUUAAUGUUUCUCCACUGAAAGCAGUGGUGCUGCUCAACACUCCUAAUUACAGGACCCCUAUUGGUUGGACGGGUGGCAGCGCAGGAGCCAAUCCUGGAGCGCCUGCCAGCAUGCCGGAGCCGUACGACAUGCCUUUUUGUUUUUAAUGAUCAAGGGGGCUCCUUUAAAAUGUUCUCCUUCCUGUCUGUCCCAUAGGUAAAGGGUUUUGACAGCUCAAGACAACCACAGUGCAGCCACUGGAUCCAGAGGUGAUCACAGGAGGCCAGAACUUCAGCACCUUUGCAGGAAGCACAUUAAACAGAAAAUGGCACGUGUUGGACGACCAUCGCUCUCCCUGAUCCACACAGGAGUCCUGUUAGCUAUUGUUUUACUACCAGAGUUUCUGGGGGCUGUUCCAGUGGAGCAGCGCAGGGAGGAGGAAGUGCCUGCAGUGUUUGACGAUGUGAACACCGAGGACACGGAGAAGCUGGUCCGCAACAGAAGGAACAUCCCCUUUGCUGUACCCCAGUUCAAACGCCUGCCGGACUUCUGGGGAUGGUACAAGUACUUCGUGAACAGCCACAACCAGGAGGGAGUUGAGGAUCUGGAUCGUCUGUACCUGGCCUACCUGCAGAACAAGCACAGGUCAGAGGAGGGCCCGAAUUUCAACCACUACCUCAAGCACAUCAGUGAAAUCUACAAGUCUUGUGCCGAUUCCGAUGAUCCAGAGUGCAUCUCCGAGUCCACCAGCAAGCCAAAGGCUGCGUUGGUGAUGCCCGAGUCCAUCAAGUCUGCUGCCGUCAGGAUGUGCAACCCUUACCUCGACCCCUACUGCCUCUUCCCCCUCGCCCACAAUGUUGCUGCCCCGGAGCCAGAGCCGGCUCCGGCUCCAGCCAAGAUGCCAGCCCCCAUCUUCACUCCCAUGCUGCCCAUGCCCAUGAAGAGCCCCACUGGCUUCUACCACUAUGCCCCCGUCCUGGAGCCCUUCCUGAGCGCUGGGCAGAGGUCUGAGCUGCUGAGGAUCUGCAGCCCUGAAGACGUGGAGUGUCUGCAGUAUCACUUGAGGGCAGCUUAUGGCUACCGCCCGGCCGUUGCCCCGGCCCCAUCCUACGCCGCCCUCAAAUGUGACCCCAGGGACCCCUACUGCAAUCCCACCCUGGUCCACAAAGCCCCCACUGGCUUCUACCACCUGAUGUACCCCAGCUGUGACCCAGCAGUCGACCCUCUGUGUGUGACCCACGCCGCUGCUCCUGCUCCUCUUGCUGCAGAGGAGGCCCCUAAAGAGCAACACUGCAACCCUCUCUAUGACGGUGGCUGCAACCCCCUGACCGCCACCAAGCUGUCUGGCCUCACCAAGCCCGUGCUGGAGUACGCGCCCAAAGGCCAGCCCGCACCUCCUCCUGCUCCUCUGGCCUGCGACCCUCGCUAUGACCCGUACUGCAUAUUGGCAGCCGCCGCUGCCCUGCGCAAGCCGGCUCCACAGAUCCCCGCGCACCAGGUCCGCUACAAGCUCGGCAUCCCUGGCAAGACCAAGGAGGGCCACGACUGCUAUGUGCACUACGACAAAGACUGCACCCCGGUGAAGUCUGGCUAUGAGGCCAAGGCCGACAUCAAGGCUCCAGCGAAGCCCUUCUGCCAUCCAUAUGACCCCAGAUGCGGCAGGUUUGCUUCACCCUCCGCCAUUGAGGCCCCGAAGCCCGGCAAGGAUGGCAUAAUCCUGCCCGACCCCGACUGCGACCCAGAAUACGACUACAACUGCCGCCUGCGUCGCGCAAAGCCCGCCGCUGCUGCUGAUGAGCCUGUCGCUGCUGCUGAUGAGCCUGCCGCUGCUGUUGAUGAGCCCGCCGAUGCUGAGGAGAAAGCUGCUGAUGAGCCUGCCAUGGAGGCCACGGUCCCACGCUUUGAAGACUUCCUCAGGGGCAUCAUGAGCCAGCACAAGUAGAUUUUAGACAACAAAAACAACAUCUGCUACAUAAUUCACCUGGCAGAAAUGGAGGUCACUCUGUAGUCCCUAAUCUCUAUGGACUUCAUGGACCACAACCUUUCACAAUAUCAUUAUGGUCCAUACAAAACUAUCAAAUCAAUCAGAAAAUAUUGCAGCUCUUAAAUCUGAUUUUCCCAGAAAAUCUGAAGGUUUCUUAAUUUUGGUCUGUUUUUAUAAAAGGGGGACAAUUCAAGAGGGCCAAGCAACAUACAGUAUAACAUGUGAAACUUGUGUAUUAAAUACUUGUAUGUCUGUAGAAAAGAGUGGUAUGUAUAGACGUGUUAUAGAUUUAGGGGUAGUUUGAAUUUGUGUUUGUGGGCAAGACUUUCUCUCUGUUGUACAUUCUUUGUUUCCAUUUGAGUCACCCUAUUUAAUGUUGUUUUUCACAUUUUUCUGUAACUCUAAACCUCAUAAUGCUUCAUCUGUUUAG